GAACACUGGCGGCGCGCUUCGCUUCUCCAAGGAGCAGAACGUGACAAGAUUCUGGGCCGGCCCUGGUUAAUUCUCGGGGUCCCCCAGGUCACUGAGACCAAACUUGGCCAUUCUGAAGUGGAAGGCGAAGAUGGAUCUCGAGGACGGCGGGAAAGGAACUGUCGGGCGCCCCAGGAGCGCGCAAGACGACUUUGAACUAAGCAGCAGCAGCAGCAGCAACCAAGACAAGAAAAAAAUGAAGAAAGUAACACUGAUUGGGCCACUAACACUGUUUCGAUAUUCUGAUUGGCAGGAUAAAUUAUUGAUGUCUCUGGGCACAAUAAUGGCUAUAGCUCAUGGGUCCAGUCUUCCCCUCAUGAUGAUAAUAUUUGGAGAAAUGACUGAUAAGUUUGUCAAUACUGAAGUAAAUUUCUCCUUACCAGUGAAUUUUUCAUUGUCAAUGUUAAAUCCAGGCAGAAUUCUGGAAGAAGAAAUGACUAGAUAUGCAUAUUAUUACUCAGGAUUAGGUGCUGGAGUUCUCAUAGCUGCCUAUAUCCAAGUUUCAUUUUGGACUUUGGCAGCUGGCCGACAGAUUAAGAAAAUUAGACAAGAGUUUUUUCAUGCUAUUCUAAGACAAGAAAUAGGCUGGUUUGACAUCAAUGACACUACUGAACUCAAUACUCGACUAACAGAUGACAUCUCCAAAAUCAGUGAAGGAAUUGGUGACAAGGUUGGAAUGUUCUUUCAAGCCAUAGCCACGUUUUUUGCAGGAUUCAUAGUGGGGUUUAUCAGAGGAUGGAAACUCACUCUUGUGAUAAUGGCCAUCAGCCCUAUCCUGGGACUCUCUGCAGCUAUUUGGGCAAAGAUUCUCUCUGCUUUUACUGACAAAGAACUGGCUGCAUAUGCAAAAGCAGGAGCUGUGGCAGAAGAGGCCCUUGGAGCCAUCAGGACUGUGAUAGCUUUUGGGGGCCAGAACAAAGAACUAGAAAGGUAUCACAAACACUUAGAAAAUGCCAAAAAGAUUGGAAUUAAAAAAGCUAUUUCAGCAAACAUUUCCAUGGGCAUUGCCUUCCUGUUAAUAUAUGCUUCAUAUGCACUAGCCUUCUGGUAUGGAUCCACUCUAGUUAUAUCAAAAGAAUAUACUAUUGGAAAUGCAAUGACGGUCUUUUUUUCAAUCUUGAUUGGAGCUUUCAGCACUGGACAGGCUGCUCCGUGUAUUGAUGCAUUUGCCAAUGCAAGAGGAGCAGCAUAUGCGAUAUUUGAUAUUAUUGAUAAUAAUCCUAAGAUUGACAGUUCUUCAGAAAGAGGACACAAACCAGACAGCAUCAAAGGGAAUUUGGAGUUCAGUGAUGUUCAUUUUUCCUAUCCUGCUAGAACCAAUGUCAAGAUCUUGAAGGGACUUAACCUGAAGGUUCAGAGUGGGCAGACAGUGGCUCUGGUUGGGAACAGUGGAUGUGGGAAAAGCACAACGGUCCAGCUGAUGCAGAGGCUCUAUGACCCUGAUGAGGGUACGAUUAACAUUGAUGGACUGGAUAUCAGAACCUUUAAUGUAAGGUAUUUGAGGGAAAUUAUUGGAGUCGUGAGUCAAGAGCCAGUGCUAUUUUCUACCACAAUAGCUGAGAAUAUUCGUUAUGGCCGUGGAAAUGUAACCAUGGAUGAGAUAGAGAAAGCUGUAAAGGAAGCCAAUGCUUAUGAUUUUAUCAUGAAAUUACCACAGAAAUUCGACACCCUGGUUGGGGAAAGAGGGGCUCAGCUGAGUGGGGGACAGAAACAGAGAAUUGCUAUAGCUCGAGCUCUCAUUCGCAACCCCAAGAUCCUUCUGCUGGAUGAGGCCACAUCAGCCUUGGACACUGAAAGUGAAGCUGAGGUCCAGGCGGCUCUGGAUAAGGCCAGAGAAGGCCGGACUACCAUUGUAGUAGCUCACAGGCUGUCUACAAUCCGAAAUGCAGAUGUCAUAGCGGGGUUUGGAGAUGGAGUCAUUGUGGAACAAGGAAGCCACAGUGAAUUGAUGCAGAAGGAAGGGAUCUACUUCAAACUUGUUAACAUGCAGACAUCAGGAAAUCAAAUCCAGUCAGAAUUUGAAAUUGAACUAGAUGAAAAGAUUGCAACUGCAAACGGCUGGAAAUCUCGAAUAUCUAGGAAUUCUACUCACAAAAGCCUUAGAAAUUCAAGAAGGUAUCAGAAUGGACUUGAUAUGGAAACCAGUGAACUGGAUGAAAAUGUGCCACCAGUGUCUUUUCUGAAGGUCCUGAAACUGAAUAAAACAGAAUGGCCCUACUUUGUGGUUGGAACAUUAUGUGCCAUUAUCAAUGGGGCACUUCAGCCUGCAUUUUCAGUCAUAUUCUCAGAGAUGAUAGAGAUUUUCCGACCAGGGGAUGAUGAAGUAAAACAGCAGAAAUGCGACAUGUUCUCAUUGCUUUUUUUAGGUCUGGGUAUUAUUUCCUUUUUUACUUUCUUCCUUCAGGGCUUCACCUUUGGGACUGCUGGAGAGAUCCUCACCACAAGGCUUCGGUCAAUGGCUUUUAAAGCAAUGCUAAGACAGGACAUGAGCUGGUUUGAUGAUCAUAAAAACAGUACUGGUGCACUUUCUACAAGACUAGCAACUGAUGCCUCCCAAGUUCAAGGGGCCACUGGGACUAGGUUGGCUUUAAUUGCACAGAAUACAGCUAACCUCGGAACUGGUAUUAUCAUAUCAUUUAUUUACGGUUGGCAGUUAACCCUUUUGCUGUUAUCGGUGGUUCCAAUUAUUGCUAUAUCAGGAAUUGUUGAAAUUAAAAUGUUGACUGGAAAUGCCAAGAGAGAUAAAAAAGAACUUGAAACUGCUGGAAAGAUUGCAACAGAGGCAAUAGAAAAUAUUAGAACAGUUGUAUCUUUGACCCAAGAAAGAAAAUUUGAAUCAAUGUAUGUCGAAAAAUUGUAUGGUGCUUACAGGAAUUCUGUACGAAAGGCACACAUAUAUGGAAUUACUUUUAGUAUUUCUCAAGCCUUUAUGUACUUUUCCUAUGCUGGUUGUUUUCGAUUUGGUGCCUAUCUUAUUGUGAAUGGACAUAUGCGCUUCAGAGAUGUUAUUCUGAAUACCAAAGGAGACCACCUGGGAAUGCAGCAAGACAGGACUGGAACUACUUCAGGUCACUGGGUGUUUUCUGCAAUUGUGUUUGGCGCAGUGGCUUUAGGACAUGCUAGUUCCUUUGCUCUGGACUAUGCUAAAGCCAAGCUGUCUGCAGCCCACUUGUUUAUGCUAUUUGAAAGACAACCUUUGAUUGAUAGCUACAGUGAAGAAGGACUGAGGCCUGAGAAGCUUGAAGGGAAUGUCACAUUUAAUGAAGUCAUGUUCAACUAUCCCACCCGACCAAACGUGCCAGUGCUUCAGAGAUUGAGCCUCGAAGUGAAGAAAGGCCAGACCCUGGCCCUAGUGGGCCCCAGCGGCUGUGGGAAGAGCACAGUGGUACAGCUUCUUGAGAGGUUCUAUGACCCUAUGGCUGGAAGAGUGCUUCUAGAUGGUCAAGAAGCAAAGAAACUCAAUAUUCAGUGGCUCAGAGCCCAACUUGGAAUUGUGUCCCAGGAGCCCAUACUAUUUGAUUGCAGUAUUGCUGAGAAUAUUGCCUAUGGAGAUAAUAGCCGGGUUGUAUCAAAGGAUGAAAUUGUGAGUGCAGCCAAAGCAGCCAACAUACAUCCUUUCAUCGAGACACUACCCCAUAAAUAUGAAACAAGAGUGGGAGAUAAGGGGACUCAGCUAUCAGGAGGCCAAAAACAGAGGAUUGCUAUUGCCAGAGCCCUUAUCAGACAACCUCAAAUCCUACUAUUGGAUGAAGCUACAUCAGCUCUGGAUACUGAAAGUGAAAAGAUUGUCCAAGAAGCCCUGGACAAAGCUAGAGAAGGCCGCACCUGCAUAGUGAUCGCGCACCACCUGUCCACCAUCCAGAAUGCAGACCUGAUAGUGGUGUUUCAAAAUGGCAAAGUCAAGGAGCACGGCACACACCAACAGCUGCUGGCACAGAAAGGCAUCUACUAUUCCAUGGUCACUGUUCAGACUGGGACACAGAACUUAUGAACUCUAUUAUGUACUGAAAAUAAAUUCAAAUUCUACAACUUU